AUGGCAGACCUCCCCGGGGCGCCGGCACCGCCCGCGACCGAGCACGCGGCCUCGCUCGAGCAGCAGCUCUUUGUCCACCAGCACCCGCCCCCGGCCGCCGCCUACGCCCACGCCGUCGUCAACCCAUCCUCAUCCGUCGUCUCGCCCGCGACCUCGGUCUCGCUCCCGUCGUCGCUCACUUCGCCCGCGUCCGACCCGCCCCACAUCGACAUCCUCAACCACCCCGUCACCGACGUGCUCACCAUGAUCUCCGCCCUCCUGCAGCGCAUAAUCGAGGCCAACGACGCCCUCUACCUUUCCCACCACUCCCAUCACCACCCGCACCCUGACUCGCGCACGCGCGCCCGCUCCAGUCUCGCGUCGGCCGUGCUCGCUUUUCAUGGCCGCAACGUGCCCGCUAUCUCGCUCCAGGCAUAUCUCAUGCGUAUCCUCAAGUACUGCCCGGCUACAAACGAGGUCUUCCUCUCCCUGCUCGUCUACUUUGACCGCAUAUCAAAGCGUGCAAACGCGCCCGACUUUGCUGCGCUCUCGUCUGAUCUUCAGUCUCCAGACGCCUACAGACCUCUACAAUCCCUCGCGCCCGCAGCCGCUCCACCCCCAUCCUCCUCCUCCUCCUCCUCAUCCGCGUCAUCGUCCUCCUCCGUCAUGCCCGUCGCCAUCCGCGGCGCCGUCGCAUCCUCCCACCACACCACCACCGCCGCCUCCGCGGCCGCCGCCGCCGCUGCCGCAAGCUCGGUCUCGUCCUCAAUCCCCGCCACGCCGUCCUCAUUCUCGUCCUCCUACCCGCAGCACGCCGUCGUCGAGCCGGGCUCGUUCGGCAGCCAAAUAAGCCAACCGCAGUCGCCGGUCGCGCACCCGCCCGCCGUCUUUGCGUCGCCUUCGCCGCCGCCGCCGCCGCCGCCGUCGCUGCCGACUCCGCCUAGCGAUAUCUUUGUGAUGGAUAGCUAUAAUAUCCAUCGGCUCGUCAUUUCGGGCGUCACGGUCGCUAGUAAAUUCUUCUCGGACGUGUUUUACAAAAACUCCAGAUACGCAAAGGUCGGCGGUCUCCCGCUCGAAGAACUAAACCAUCUCGAACUCCAAUUCCUUAUCCUGUGUGAUUUCAGACUCGCGAUCCCGCUCGAAGAGCUUCAGCGCUACGGAGAUCUGCUGCUACAGUUCUGGGAGCGCGAGGUGCCGGCGCAGAAUAAGGAGGCUGCUGCUGCUGCUGCUGCGGGCCAUGGGCCGUGA